AUGACAACGCUAUUAAGAAGCUCACUGUUACAAAACACCUUACGUACAGUGUGGGAUGUUGCAGGAUAUCCUACAGAAACCUUGUUAUGGCCAGCUACACAAUGUACAGAUAAAAAAACUAUUCUCUUGUUCAUUCCGGGCAAUCCGGGAUUAGUCGAAUAUUAUACCAGUUUCCUACACGGCCUUCAUAAAUUAGUAGCAUCACCAUCAUUCGAGAUCAUUGGAGGUAACCAAAUCCAACAUAAAGUGGACUGUUUAGAUCAACUUUUAAAAGAAAAUGGCUCCAACAAUGUCAAUUUUAUAUUGAUGGGUCACUCUAUUGGUAGUUACAUAGCUGCAGCGGUUCUAAAAAGACGACCACAUCAUCACAUAUCUCGCGUAAUAGCUUUAUUUCCAACUCUUAGAGAGAUAGCUUUAACACCCAAUGGUGUGAAUAUUACACGCCUUGUCAAUAGGAUUCCUGCUACUGUUUUUGGUAUCACCGGGUCCUUGAUCUCUUGGUUUCCUCCUCCUUUCCGUCAAGCUCUGGUACAGUGGAUAACUGGACAAUCAGGGGAGGGUUUACAGGUCACUGCUCACCAGCUUUUGCAAAAAUCCGUGCUCGAAAACGCUGUUACUAUGGCAAAAUUUGAAAUGGAAUCGGUCAAAGAGUUAGACCACGACUUUUAUAUGCAACAUCUGGAUAAGUUCAUCAUGUAUUACUCGGCUAAUGACAAAUGGGCUCCCAAAGAACACUAUGAUUACAUGGUGAAGCAUUUUCCAAAAGGCAAAGUCCAUUUGUGCUCUCAAAAUAUACCACAUGCCUUUUGUUUAGGUAAGCACAGUACAGUGAACGGAACCAUUCUUUAA